UUCCGAAGGGAGGCCCCGCCCACUUCUCGGCCGGACUGCGUUGGAGGGCUGAGGGGAGACAGCGGGCCCUGACAGGUUGCCCAGAAGCCAUGGAGAAGAUCGUCCAGCGAGCCCGGGAUGCGUUCGCUUCGGGUCGGUCCCGUCCCUUGAAAUUCCGAAUCCAGCAGUUAAAGGCCCUUCAGCAAAUGAUCAAAGAGAAGGAGAAGGAGAUCCUAGGAGCUAUUUCAAGAGAUCUGAACAAGAGUGAAUACAAUGCCUACAGCCAUGAAGUCAUAGGCAUCCUUGGGGAGAUUGACCUCGUGCUGGAGAAACUUCCCGAAUGGGCUGCUCCGGAGCCUGUGAAGAAGAACCUCUUGACCAUGAUGGAUGAGGCCUACAUCCACUCAGAGCCAUUGGGAGUGAUCUUGAUUAUAGGGGCUUGGAACUAUCCUAUUGUCCUUACUCUGCAACCAUUAAUAGGAGCCAUUUCUGCAGGGAACGCUGCAAUAAUCAAGCCAUCUGAACUGAGUGAAAACACAGCCAGUCUCUUGGCCAAGAUCCUCCCACAAUAUUUAGACAAGGAGUUGUACCAGGUUGUUAAUGGUGGUGUUAAGGAGGCCACUGACCUUCUGAAGGAGAGGUUCGACCACAUUCUCUACACGGGAGGCUGCAACGUUGGCAAAAUAGUCAUGGAAGCGGCCAGCAAGCACCUGACCCCCGUGACUCUGGAGCUGGGAGGGAAGAGCCCCUGUUAUGUCGAUAAGGACUGUGACCUUGAUGUUGCUUGUAGGCGCAUAACCUGGGGAAAGUACAUGAAUUGCGGGCAGACCUGCAUCGCCCCUGACUACAUACUGUGUGAGCCAGCCAUCCAGAACCAAAUCGUCCAGAAGAUUAAAGAGAUGCUGAAGGAAUUCUACGGAGAAGAUAUCAAAAAGUCACCUGACUAUGAAAGGAUCAUCAACGUUCGCCACUUUAAAAGGUUAACAAGUUUGCUCGAAGGACAGAAGAUAGCCUUUGGAGGAGAGUCAGAUGAAGCUACCCGCUAUCUCGCUCCAACUGUCCUCACAGAUGUGAACCCAGAAUCCAGAGUGAUGCAAGAAGAGAUUUUUGGUCCAAUCCUCCCAUUAGUACUCGUGAAGAAUGCAGAUGAGGCGGUAAAGUUCAUCAAUCAACGAGAAAAGCCCCUGGCCUUUUAUGUGUUUUCCCGUAACAAACAGCUGAUUAAGAGAAUGAUAGACGAGACCUCCAGCGGCGGGUUCACCGUCAAUGACGUGGUUAUGCAAUUCACUCUCAGCUGUUUGCCAUUCGGAGGAGUUGGUUCCAGUGGAAUGGGGGCAUACCACGGGAAACACAGUUUCGAUACCUUCUCCCACCGCCGUUCCUGUUUAAUCAGGAGCUUCAGAGGAGAAGUUGCUAACAAGCUCAGAUACCCGCCUAAUAGCCAGUCAAAGGUGGACUGGACCAAAGUUCUCCUAUUGACACGAUUCAGUAAAGGGAAAAUGGGUUUACUUUUCCUCGCUUUCCUGGGUGUGAUAGCGGCUGUGAUGUGGAAGAAAUACCAAGCGACGCUGAGGCGGCAGGCCCUGUGGGUUUAUCUGGUAGCCCCCCAAUGGCGUUGGUUCAGUAAACAGUGAUGAGCUACUGGUUGCUGUACCAGUGAGAUUACACACAACUGAAGAAGCCCUCGCAGGGCCUUUGAACUUAUCCCUUUCCUGCCCGGUUCCUACAUUAAUUAUUUUAAAUCAACCCAAAGGUAUCCCGAAUGUAAAAAUGCCUACGCACAUACCAGCAAACCGAAAGCAAAAACAUGCAAUUUCGUAGAGCAGGCAGCUCUGUCCCUUGGUCAAAGAUGAUGCAACCUGGGUCAACUGGUGCCUGUGUGCUAAUAUCGGGGGUCAAGUCGGGGAAGGUCAGCUAGAAUAGCUUCAAACACAAGCCUGCCUGGUGAGUGUGUUGUCCCCAGUGGGGUGGGGGUAGAGCCCAGAGUCCAAAGAGGGCACAGGAGCUGGUACUAGGUCCACCUCCCUCCCUUCCUUCCUGAACCCCAGGUUUGUUUUGUUUUUUGAUAGCAUUUGUUAAGUGCUUUCAAUGUGUCACACACUGUUCUAAGCACUGGGAUAGACGCAGGUUAACUGGGUUGAACACAUUUGCCCCACUUUCUAUGUACAACCUGAUUUGGAUCGGUCCCACCCUCCCGUAAGCAGCCAAACAGAAGGAAAUAGCCAAACGCUCUCCAGCCCGCUUUUCUGACCUCCAGCUGAGCAGACAUCCGUCCUUCUGAACUAUUUCCAGAACUUGUUUCCGCUUCCUAUCAGGUCUCAAGCUUGGCUCGUGAAAGCCUGGGAGACUCCUUGGUUUGGGAUCAGUCCCAACAAUAGUAACUUGCUUCUGAUGCUCCCGCUAACGAGGCUACCUUGAAGCUUCUUGGGACUUCGGAAGGCUGUCUGGAGGUUGCGCUACCUCUCACAGACAAAGUUUUGGGGGGUCACACUUACCCUGCUGUAGUUUUCUAAUCCUCGAACAGGCCUCGGUCAGGGGGGUCUUGGUUCUCGACGUUGGCUCGUCCGGGCUUCAAGCUUGCAUUUGCUGGCAGAAAAGCAGCUCCGCUAAACCCGUGCUUCCGAGAGAACUGGGAUGAGAGAAGAGACUCUUGGGCUCACCUCUUCCAUUCUCUGACAUAACCGGAUCAAUUCAUUCCUAGCAAAUGGGCUGAAUAACCUGUUUUAACAAACGGAGUUGAUGAUUGAAUAUUUACUACAACAGUGGUCAAUUUAGAAAAAAGCCUUUGAGGGCUGUAAAAAUUGAACAAUAUAUUUUUGCUUCUGUGUUAAAAUUGCAUAUGACAUUUGCCUUCUCUAGAUAAAUUAUUUGAUUGCUGGAGUUUACUCAAUAUAUAGUCACUGUAAUUAAUAAAAUGGAAACGGGUUGCGUUAGUA